CGUGUGAUGGCGGCUGUUAACUUUGUCUCCCUUUUUUUGCUUGCUGUCAUGGUCUCCGGUGCCUUAGCCCGAGGAAGGCUCGCAGAUUGUUGUCGUAGAAUCAAACACACGCAAAUCCAUCGAGACCUGCUGACAAAGUACUACGUUCAAGAGCCGCCGUCUUGUUCUCUGCGGGCUGUGGUUUUCACCACAGUGCAAGGCAAGAAAAUCUGUGCUGACCCUGACAAGUUGUGGACACGGACCAGCAUGGCUUACCUCGAUGAAAAGCGCAGUCAUGUUCCUCAUCCACUUUAGUAAUCGAUUCAUGUUUUCUACAAAAAAUGCCUAAAC